ACGCGAACUGGAUGAACUUUCUCACUACAUCCUCACUCACCAUGGCGCAACAACAGCAACCCCAAUACCAGGUGCCGGCGCAAAUGCCUGUGCAAAUACCGGGGCCGGUGGGACCUUCUUCGCCCGCUCAGGCAGCAUCGUCUCCUGGGGCCCAGGCAUUCUAUCAGCCAGCGGCGAAGCGGCAACGUUUGUCUCCAGACCCAAGAUCACAGCCAACCUCUCCGUAUACACAAUCACCAUAUGGGCCGACCCCAUCUACAGCUGCACCACCUUCAUCACUACCCCCGGCGCAUUCGAGCCAUUUCGCAAACAUAUCGCAGCCGCCUACAUAUCAAGGGCCAUACUCAAACGGACAUACCACACCGGCUUUGAGCCACCCUUCACCCUAUAGUCAACCUCCCACCUACAACUCAAAUGCUCCUCCGGUUAGCAAUGUGCAAGCGAUGCCAUCACAUAGCCCUCAUCAACCUCAUCCACCUCACCCAGCGAACGUCCCUGCGGGCAACCAAUUUCCGAAUAACUACAACAUGCCACAGCAACAACUGCAGCAACAGCAGCUGCUGCAGCAUGGAGCUGGAACCAUGGGCCCUCCGUCUAAACCAGCGGAGAGGGAUAAUGUCAACGAUGAUCAGAUGGAUGUGCUGGCGAAUGCUGGUGUCGAUUUGCGUGCCGAGGAAAGCUUUGCUAUGAGCUUCCACACUGGAUCGUUCAACUCUCAACCUGCGUUCAACCAGGCUGGCCCAAACGCCACCGGUCAUGGUUUCACCCAAUUUGGACCUGGAGAUGCCGGUUCUUUUUACGGAAGUGGCCCUGCCAACCAACUUGGCGCCCCUAUCGAUAAAGCGACCCAAGAUCAGAUUCAAAAGAAGACGGCAGAUCAGGCUUGGGCUGAUGCAGCAUACAAGUUGGCAAUGUCCAGACAACAUGAGCUUAAGCAUCCCCAUGUGCAUGUCGGCGCACUAUGGAAUAAGAUGGACAAAAUUGCAAAGGAGAACGGAUUAGUAUUGAAUACAGAUAAUGGCAAGAUGCCGCAGUUGAAACUGCCGUCCGAGUUUCCUUCGGAAAUCAAAAUUGAAACCAGGAGUGGUCCUGAUGGAGCGCUGGUUGUGGCUAACACCAUAUUUCUUCCACAAGACACAGCUCUUGCGGACCAGUUGGCCUUGAUGUCCCUCGCAACGAACCAGAGGAUCAGGAUUCUUCUUGAGGAAACUAUUGCCAUCGUCAAGAGCCGGAGGGUUGGCUCUCAUGGAGUCAUCCCAUCUGAAUGGUCUGACGUUGCAGCAUCGUCUACCAGCGCAGCUGGCACAGUCGUUCCUGAUGGGGCUCCUCGUACUGGCUGGGAAAGUGCAGUUAGCCCAGGCACAAACCCAACUAAUGAUCCUGCAUCUGCAGCCGGUCGGCUUCCUACUCCUGUUUCUGAAGGCACCAAGACUCCAACUGGUACUGUCACUAUGACCAACGACUUGAUAAAAUCUCUCCGUGAAGCUGCAAAUGUGGAGCGCAACUUUGAGGAAAAGCGUCUGGCGAAGCGUCAAGGGCGCCCUACGGAUGGUACGGUUGCUCGAAGCGGUUCUGCUGCUCCAGGAAUGCCCGGAACCGUGGCCCCAGAGCCCUCCGCAAAACCACUUACCAAGAAAGAAAGAGAGAAACAGGAUAAGGGGAAGCAAAGCUUGGUUGAUAGCCAUGCUCAAGCGAACGCCACUACAGCGACGUUCCUCUUUGGUGGCAAGAAGAAGAAUAAGUACAGCUGGAUGGACUCGGGCGGUGGCAGUGGGGCCAGCACACCCGGGCGAGCAAGCAUGCAGGCUCCAGGUACGCCUGGUGGCAUUGGCGGAGGGGCCGUCGAGAAGCAGAGGCUCACGGCGGAUGGGAAGAACAGAAUGGGCGGUUUUCGCGAGGACAAAGAUGGAGGUCGCCUGGUGCAGCUCCGAGACUUCCUUGCUGUAUUGGAGAAUGAUGGGAGAGAGAAGAAGACAUUGCAGCGGACGUACGCAUGGUUGGAGGCACCGAAACCAAAACCUACCGUGGCCUAGCAGAGUGGAUAGACAGCCGCAAAACGGAAAUCCUGACAAGGCGCUGCGGCAUCUUUCAUUCUUAUGAUCCUGGGAUUGGCUCGAAGAAUAUCGAUAUGUACAUAACAAUAGAGCGGCGCACGCACAGGUUCACCCCCAGAUACAUAUCUGGGGGCUUAAUACGAGAUUUUCAAGUUACGAUUCCACUUGCUUAAACUAUCAAAGAGUGACACGCUACUUUCUUUACUUCGUAGGCUAGGGUGGAAUAGUAGGAAUAGGUCGUUGUCCAGUGCAAACGUAGGUCCUAAGGCAUACACUAUCAUCGUGAUUUUGGAAAUUUCGCGCAGCUUCGCCGCUAUUUACCAUACAAAUACCAGUAGUAGCGAAAGGUGCAGAACUGGCUACAAUCACGAUGAGAAUGGUGAUUUUAUUACCGUCAUCGUAGUAGUUAAUAGUGGUGUUAAAUUACGUGGUAGCCCCAUAACUUUAUAGGAGAGCGUCGAUGGUACCGAAAUCGCAGCGAAGCCUAUAGUAAUACAGCACCUACAACCAGAACACAGGCUUCUACAGGCUUCUACCGUUUACCCUAGCACUUGUUUUAUAUCGCUACGUAGGUAGUGUACGGUACUACAGCAUAUAAGAGCCUAUUUACAGCUUUUUACCAAGGUUGGAGCUAUAUACGGUCGCUGCCACCGAGCAGAAUCACUGAAGACACGGUUGAGUUGGCACCGACGUUGCGACCGUGGGGGCUACGGCCAAUUCGGAAGGGUGGGUGCAGGGGUGGGUGGGGCCUGAGGCUGGUGGACUGGGCAUGGACAACUUGUCCCCCGCCGCCUAUCUCCUCUGCCAUCUCUGCCAUCUCUGC